AUGGAGGGAUAUCAGGAUGUGUAUCGACUAUCGGCUUCUACCCUCAUCGAUGAACUACUAGUUGGUUUUGAGAAGGCGCUCUGUUUCAUGAGCCUGCAUAUGGCUAGUGGAUUCUGCACAAUCAGGAUGACGGAAAGAGCCAAGUUGAUCUCAACUUUCCGAUUGCCUGUGAGGAUCGUACGUCUGCCAUCAGUAGAGGAGGCCGAAGUAGACCAGGAAGUUUUGAACUAUCUCAAUUUGGACCCCCAAGAUGAUAGACCUCCAGAAUGUGGCGUUCCAGGGUGUACUAGUUGUGAAAACGACCAUGCCACGCGAUUGUUGCCGACCCGGACGGACCAAAUGACUGUGUUCAAGAGGAACAUCCCUGCUCCAACUCAGAUGUCUUCUGUCCUGGGGUGCAGCUCAUACAUUGGCGAUAUUGCGCAUGGCGCACCGACCUGGGAUGCAUUAUUACGGUAUUGGAACAUCUCAGCGAGUUUGCCGAAGAGCGAAUUUGGGAAACUGUCUAUUUCAUACCUGUCACAUGAGAUCAGCGCUGAGAGAAUCAGGAUGACACCGAAGAUUGCUAAGGGGGUUCAGGAUCUAUUAUUCCCGACGACUAUGAAAGGAGUACAAUCAUUCAUGGGUAGCCUAAAUUACUACCACGAAUUCAUCGAGGAUUACCCCGAACUCUCGGACGACCAAGUGCGUUCAGGGCGAGAUUUGACCAGGGCAAAAAAGACGUUCGAAAUCGGGAAGCGCAAGAUCGUGUCGACUUCUGUAUUACGGCACCCUGAUAGGACCAAGCCGUUCAUCAUCAUACCGCACGCUAACCAAUGGGAUGCCUGUGCAGUCCUGGACCAGGAACGUGAUGGAUUGAUACAGCCAGUACGGUUAACAGGGCGAAUCCUUCACGACGAAGAGUUGUGGUAUGGCAUCGUUGAGAAAGAAGUCAUUGCCGUGCUGAGGUUUUCAAAGGCGCUCAUCCAGGGCUGCCCGCUCAUUGUGUACACCAGACAUUCGGUGUUGAAGCGGACCAUGAAGUCCAAGACUGCCGAUGGAAGGUGUGUGCCCUGGGGCGUCUUAAUUUUACAAUGGAAUAUAGACAUCAGGAAAAACCAACGAGAAGAAGAUGAAUUAGCUGCCAUCCUGGGUGCCGGUAUUACCCCGCGAGAUCACCUGGAUGAGAUCGCUGAGGAGCUCAUCCCCGCCAGGGGGCGCGCAAAACCACCUCUGGUGAUUAGUGUUGAAAUGUUGGAGGACACUUUUGAAGGCAUCGUGCUGAGUUUUGAUGGGGCUACCAAAACAGCCACCCGGCAAGGUAGUUGUGGAUGUAUUUUGUGGGAACUCCCUGGAUGGAAGAUUCUGGAUGCACAAGGUUUUAUCCUGGAGAGUGUCACCAUGAAUGACGCCGAAUAUUGUGGGACUCCUGAACGGCCUAAGCAUGGCACAAGCCAGGGGCAUUUCGAUCAGGCGGCGGAUUUUCAGACCUCCAAAACGUUGCUGCUUGGAAAAUCCUGGGGUGCCCAAGAGGAUAAUGAACGCCGACAUUUAGAGCAAAUAUCUAAGAUUCAGGAGAAGUUGAUGAAGUCAUCGGAAGCGCACCCAGCAGAAAGUCACCCAGGGCUGAUGGUCAUCCAGGAUGAAGGAAACAGUUUAGCUCUGGGUACCCUCACAUUCUGGAUGCAAUGGCAGCUCCAUUACCGUAUGGCCAAAAUCUUGCCCGCGUUCGAGGCAGACCAGCACCAUAAGGACCACUCUACCCUCUGGAAUACCAACGGGAGAUAUCGCGGCGUAUUAAAGUGCACCAGGAAACAAGAUGAAUAUUUGUGUGAUAUAAGGGAUUUUCUGAAUGGAGAAGUUGACCGUUUUACACCUCGCAAGUUUCGGAAAAUCGCCAAGGAUCCGGAUUUAUUCGCCCUGGAUGCCCCGUCUAGAUGUGGUAGACCUCGAGAUGCCCAGGAUGAAUUACGUCUGGUGGUGCCAACCACUCUAAGAGACGAUAUCCUGCAUUAUGCUCAUGAGGACUUUCAGGGCGGACAUCUGGGCAGAUACCAGGCCAAACACCAGGGCAUUAAACGAUCUCACGAGAAGUUGCGCUCUGGGAUUACUGGCCCGGGGCAUGUGGAACGUCACGUCAAGAAGUGUGUCGAUUGCUCGAGCGGCAAGGAACAUCCGUCCAACCUUGAUCGAUCCCCUUGA